UUUUUUUUUUUCUGCCGGCCAAAAAUGUAUUUUCACUGGUGGUGGCUUAGACUGAGCCACACACGGACCGAGACAGUACGGGCAUGGAUGAACCGUGAUUAUGUGAAGCUUGAAUAAAACUGGAUGAAACACACAAGUGCAGUGACUCAUUAUCAUAAAAUUAAUUAUGUAAUCAGAAAAUCUGGGAUUGUACCUGAAGACAGAAGACAGAUGGAUCAUUACUAAAGCAGCUGAACUCUUCUACAUUUGAUUGGAUCUCAUAUAACCCGAUAGGAGACACAUCUGGGUUGCAAACUGUCCAAGAUGGAUGCAGCGCCGCUGUGCGCAGGGAUGCACGGCGGAGCGGCGGCAGGGAGUAGGAUGUUACUAGCGUCCGCCGUGGUGGUAUGGGAAUGGCUGAACGAGCACGGACGCUGGCGGCCCUACAGCCCGGCUGUCUGUCAUCACAUCGAGGCAGUCAUCCGGAGCGACCCGCGGUGUGGUAGUGUUGUCCUCGGCCAGGUGGACUCUCGCCUCUCGCCCUACAUCAUCGAUUUGCAUUCCAUGCACCAGUUCCGACAAGACACAGGUACCCUUCGACCGGUACGACGUAGCUUCUACGACCCCACCUCAGCGCCAGGCCAGGGCUGGUUGUGGGAGUGGGAGAACGACGCUGGCAGUUGGACGGCGUACGAUACGGAGGUGGGCAUCGCCAUCCAGGCAGCACGCGAUCGUCAGCAGCCCUGGCUUGAUCUGGCGCCACUGGGUUUCUGCUACCUCAUUGACUUCGAAAGCAUGACCCAAAUCAACGGGCAGACGCAGCGCUGCCGACGCAUCCAGCGUCGCUCCGACCUGGCUUACCCGCUGGUGUCCGGGCCCCUGCCCAAAUCUCACCACGCCUGGGGGCCCAUGUCCAUGCCCAGCCAUGGAGGACUGCUCGGUGUGGAUGUGUCCGGAGUAGGAAUGGGGAUCAGGAUGAGCAGCAGCGGGACUGGAAACGGGAGUGCCUACCCCAGUGGGGCGCUCCCUGCCUCGGCGAUCACUUCUUUGGGACAGCCCUGCGCCUGUCAGCAGUGUAUGUUGGUGCUAAGCGUCAAAGCAGGCGCCAUGUCGACGGCACACACUUUAGGUCGGAGACCUCCACAGACCAAGCCACCUAGUCCCAAAAUCAGUAGUCACCCUAUCCCAGGAGGGUCCUACUCACUAACCCUCCCUCGGCCUCCUUCCCUGUCGCGGUCAUUUUCCCCCCACAGGACAUCAAUAGUUGGGGCGACAGGUGGAUACAGUGUAGGUGGUAUGGGUGGUCCUGGAGGUGUGGGUAUAGUUGGUGGUAGUGGUGUUGGUAGUGCCACUCUUGGUUAUGGAGGAGGCUUCACCCAUUCUCUUUCCCUCCUUGGCUCAGCUACCGCCGCCCUCUCCAUCUCCUCCACCCGUCCCCCACCUCCGCCUCUCCCCCCUCCUCCGCCGCCUCCUCCUCCACCCUCCACCACCCUCUCAUCUGCCGCCAUCUCUCCCCCUCACCCCUCCACCUCGUCCUCCCUGUCUGCCUCCUGUUCCGCCCCUACAGUGCCCGCUCCGGGCCCUCCUCUCAUCUCCACAGCUGCCUCCACCUGCACGCCCUCACCUUCUGCCCGAGUCCUGGGUCCAGUGUCUUCAUCCGGUGCCGCUGCCUGCGCAGCUCCUCUGCCACCCCGGUCCAGCCUAGCAGGGCUGAGCCGACCUGCACUGCAGCGUAUCGCUAUGGCUCAGUCACGUGCCCUUAUCGCCUCUGGAGUGCCAACAGUUCCGGUCAAGAACCUGAAUGGAUCAAGCCCCGUGCACCCUGCACUGGCAGGCAUUACAGGCAUCCUGAUGAGUGCGGCAGGACUUCCUGUCUGCCUGACCCGCCCUCCCAAGCUGGUGCUUCAUCCUCCACCUGUCAGCAAGAGUGACAUCAAGCCUGUGCCCGGAUUGGGCCACUGCUGUCGCAAGACCACAAAGAAACAGGCUCGCAAAGGCAAGACUCCUGAGGAGGUGGUGAAGAGGUACCUUCAGAAAGUCCGCAAUCCCCCAGAAGAGGACUGCACCAUCUGCAUGGAGGCUCUUGCCGGACCAUCCGGCUACAAAGGCCCCGGCGUGGGUGGCAUCUCCCGGGCCGAGUCGGUAGGCCGCCUGGCGCAGUGUGGUCACCAGUACCACCUCCAGUGCCUUGUUGCUAUGUACAACAACGGCAACAAGGACGGCAGCUUGCAGUGUCCCACCUGCAAGACCAUCUACGGAGUCAAGACCGGCAACCAGCCCCCGGGUAAGAUGGAGUACCAUGUCAUCCCCCACUCGCUACCCGGCCACCCAGACUGCAAAACCAUCCGGAUCAUUUAUAACAUCCCUCCUGGCAUCCAGGGCCCAGAGCACCCAAAUCCAGGCAAACCCUUCACUGCCCGCGGGUUCCCCAGACAUUGCUACCUCCCUGACAGUGAGAAGGGACGCAAGGUUCUGAGGCUUCUUCUGGUAGCGUGGGACCGCCGGCUCAUUUUCUCCGUGGGUACGUCCAGCACCACCGGCGAGUCAGAUACAGUUAUCUGGAACGAGGUGCACCACAAGACGGAGUUCGGCUCCAACCUGACGGGCCACGGCUACCCCGACCCCGGUCAUUUGGACAACGUCCUCGAGGAGCUCAAGGCUCAGGGCAUCACAGAGGAGGAGUGCUUACCCAGAGACUGAGCAGAGACACUGAAGACACUGAAGACACGAGAAACCAGGCUGGAGUCUGUAAACACAUGAUCCCGGGAAGGGAUCCAGAGCUGGACAGAUGAAUUUAUUUUCAAAAAAUCUGACAACAUGAACAGAGAGAACAUUUACCACCCGAGAAGGAAAACAAGUUCAAAAAACAAAACACUUUACGGGAACAUUACAGAAAUUGUUUCAGCAGAACUCGCUGAGAAUAAAAUUUCUCUCACGGCUGCAUGAGUCAGUUUCGAUACGUGGGAAAUCAUUUUUUCUCUCCUGAUGAUCACAGAUGUUAUUCAGUGAGACAUUUGAGACCACUGUGCACAUACAAGUCAGUGUUAGAUUAAAACAAACAAACGAAAAAAAAACAUUUAUACUGUGAGACUUCAUAUCAAGAAUGUAACUAAGUGAAUUUUUCUGAAUCGAUGAAGUGUUUACCACUACUACUGCUGCUAUGUGGAAUUGAAAAGAGGUUAACCUGAAGAAAAGAAGUGACGUCUGUACGUUUUUUUUGUUUGUUUUUUGUUUUUUUUGAAGUGUUAGUCCACAAGCAGAAGAAAACAUUUCACUGCAGAUAAAUAUUUCACGUGUAUAACUGGAUAUCUGAGCAUGAAUAUUUGCUGACCUCUAGUGGUACUUUUCCAGAACUACAUUCCUUUUUAGGUUUUGAUUUUUAUUCAAUUGUAUUGUUGUAUAUUAUGAAUACUUGAUAUAUUAUAUGAUAUUGUUUCCAUUCUAUCAUGUUUUUUAUAUUUUGAUUUGACAUUUUGUUUUAUAUGGCGUGUUUUCUUUGCAUUGUUUUCACGGGUGUGGCGUGACAGACUGAGAUGUGGGGUGACGUGAAAAUAAGCUGCUGGUGUACCGGAGUUUGCCUGUCACUUAAUUUGUCAUUUACCAGCCCCCUUUCUUUUAAAAAAAAUAAUAAAUCAUUUGCAGUAUUUUGUAUUUGAUAGGCUCACAAACUGACAUUCCUUAAUUGUUCUGCCCUCAGAGCAUGGGUGCAUUUAAUAGCUUUCUAUGUCUUCUUGUAUCUGCGUUAAUGUUAAGGACUGAAAAGCUACUAUGGAUUAUACCAUUCCCCCCCAGGAGGAGUAAAUUCCCAAAAAGCUAGGAUUGGACCUCCUGCCUGAGCUCAGAUUUGCACAGAGCUUUCUACUUAGUAUCAAAAAGAACCGGACAGCUUGUAUCUAUUGUAUUUUUGUGUCUGACACA